AUGUGGAAACGUGCGAAUACAAAAUAUCUGUUAUUAGCCGUGUGUAUAGUUGUCGGCAUUCACUUAUUACUAGCAUACUUUCGCCCAGAGGGAGCCGGGUUUUCCAAAUCAACUUUAGACUCUUUCUUUGAUAAUGAAGAAGACGGGCUUAAGUCACCGCCUGCCGAACCUCCCAUAGAAGUUGAAGAGAAACCAGUUGACGUCAAGCCAGUUGAAGUUAAAACAGUUGAAGUUAAACAGAAAUCAGUUGAAAUUAAACAGUUACCGGUUGUCUCCACGAAAAAUACCACACAUACGAAAAGAGCCAAGGCUGUGUUCGUCGUGUUAGUUCGUAAUAGAGACAUUCACGACUUGCGCGCGUCAAUGCGUGAAUUAGAAGACCGGUUUAACCAUAAAUAUAAUUAUCCGUAUUUAUUUUUGAAUGACGAGGAGUUUACGGACGAGUUUAAAAGACUUAGUAGCGCCAUGACAAAAGCAAAAACGGAAUAUGGGCUUAUACCUGAGGAACAUUGGAGUGUUCCCGAUUGGAUUGAUAUUGACAGAGCCAGAAGUGAAAUGAAAAAAAUGGAAGAAGCAGAUGUUAUUUAUGGUGGAAGCGAAUCAUAUCGUCAUAUGUGCAGAUUCGAAUCAGGCUUCUUCUUCCGUCAUCCAUUAUUGGAUAAAUAUGAUUAUUAUUGGCGUGUAGAACCCGGCUUCACCGUAUCCUUGUAUGAAUACGAAGAGACUAUCAAAACUUUAUGGAAAACGGUUAGGGAAUUCAUGAAAAAAUACCCGGAAUACAUCGAAAAAGACAAUGCCAUGGAUUUUAUUUCCUAUGAUCAAGGAGAAACAUACAAUUUAUGUCACUUUUGGUCUAAUUUCGAAAUUGGAGAUUUGAAUCUUUGGAGAAGCGAACGAUAUUUGAAAUUUUUCGAUUUUCUAGAUCAUAAAGGUGGAUUCUUUUACGAGCGUUGGGGCGAUGCGCCAGUUCACUCCAUAGCAGCAGCACUAUUUUUAAAGAAGAAAGAAAUCCAUUUCUUUAACGAGAUCGGAUAUAAGCACGAACCUUUUAUGCAUUGUCCCGUCGAAAUGAAUCUGCAAAUGAAAUGCCAUUGCAAUCCACAAGAUAAUUUCGGAUAUAGUUGUACCGGAAGGUUAGUAAAUGUUGCAUGGUGA